UUCACGGAAUUAAGCUGACUCUGACUGAAGUCAGUGGUGGUGUUGGAACUGGUUCAUUGUGUACAUAUCGUUGUGUUUCCCAUCGCGCAUUUGACUCAAUUGUUUACCGUUUAUAAUUUAAGUGUUCAAUAAGUAAAUAGUGCAAGCAUAAUGGAGAAUCAAAACGGACCACCGGCUAAAUCCAAUAAUCCGGCACCGACGGUCGAGCAAAUAAAUUCAGACAGGAUAACUCAGCUGGCAAAUAAAUACUGGGCACCCCACACAACAGAAAAACAUUUGCCAUUCAAUGCGCAAAUAGUUGAAGAUAUAUACAUCCAAGAGAUAUGUGCCUCCAAAUUCUCGAUUCGUCGAAUAAUGAUGCUGGAAUUCAGUCAGUAUCUAGAGAAUUUUUUAUGGCCGAAUUAUGAGUCUGAAAAAGCAAAUAGAGCUCAUACAAUGUCGAUAGUUGUUAUGGUGAAUGAGAAGUUUCGUGAACGAGUCCAAGUGUGGGAGGCUUUUGAAAAAAGUCCAAAUAAUUUUCCUGGCUUUUUUCAACGUGUUUUGGAGGCUUGUCUUGAAGACAGCAUAUUGGAUUAUGACCUCAAGGAACAAACAGCCCUCAUAGUUUUUCUUAAUCAUUGCUUCAAUUCUAUGGAAGUAGCUCUCGUUAGAGAAGAAGUCAAGAGAUUGGUCUCCCUGUCCAUGUGGAUUUCUCUACAACAGGGAAGACGAGAAUUGGAGUUUAGAAAAUAUCCCAAGUGGAAGAAAUACUGGAAAUUGAUAAGAAAAAAAGAUAAUCCUGAAUUGAAGGAAAAACUUGAGUGGGAAAGACGAUUUUUGCAUAAGCUUAUGGUUAAGUUUAUGACAAUUUUGGAAACCAUACCGCCGGAAGGACCUGUUUUUCCUGACAAAGUGCGCUAUUGCGAAAGAUUCCUGGAAUUAAUUAUCGAUCUCGAAGCUCUUCUGCCCACCAGACGUUUUUUCAAUACAGUUAUGGACGAUUGUCAUUUGGUUGUCAGAUGUCAACUUUCCAAUUUGUUGAAACAUCCAGAAGGCAGUCUAUUCGGCCAGCUACUCGAGAUGCUCAAGUUUUACGCACGUUUCGAAAUCAGCGAGGAAACCGGUGAUCCAUUAACCGACCACGAUAUGACACAGCUUCACUACACCAAGAUCACAUCUCUACAGAAGGCUGUUUUCGCGAAAUUUCCGGAUUUAAGGAGCUUCGCCCUCGCGAACGUCGCGAGCGUCGACACCAGGGAUGCACUGUUGAAACAUUUUGGAUCGUUGAGCCAAGAAAAACUGCGGUCGAUAGCGAGCUACUUGAACCUCGUGCCGCCCGAAGAAAGAGAAGUCAACGAAAAUUGGUAUCGACUGGACAUGGAUUUUUUACAAGAGCUAUUGAUAUCUCGACACGAACGCCGAGCAUCCCAGCUGGAAGAACUUAAUGAAAUGCCUUUGUAUCCGACCGAAGAUGUGAUAUGGAACGAGAGCAUCGUUCCGACGGAAUACUUUUCUGGUGAAGGAUGUCUCGCUCUUCCGAAACUGAAUCUCCAGUUUCUUACGCUUCACGACUAUCUCUUGAGAAACUUCAACCUCUUUCGUCUCGAGUCCACGUAUGAGAUUCGACAGGAUAUUGAGGAUUCUGUGAGCAGGUUGAGUCCUUGGCAAGCCGAGGACGGCGGUGUUUACUUCGGAGGAUGGGCUCGAAUGGCUCAGCCAAUAACGCAGUUUGCGGUUGUGGAAGUCGCGAAACCGAAUAUAGGCGAGAAGAGGCCAUCUCGCGUGCGAGCGGACGUAUCGAUUAACUUGAGCGUUCGUAAGGAGAUCAAAUCGGAAUGGGAGAACCUCCGGAAGCACGAUGUUUGCUUUUUAAUAACGGUCAAGCCGCAGAAUACGAUCGGGACGAAAUACAGCCACAAAUUGCCGUUCGUUCCACAAGUAGGAUUGACCUUCGUGCGAGGCUGCGAGGUCGAAGGCAUGCUCGAUUCGAAUGGACGAGUUAUCGAGGACGGACCAGAGCCACGACCAAUUUUACCCGGGGAUACGAGGACCUACAGAGUUUGGCUGGAUUCGAAUCAAUAUCGCCUUGACAUGGACAACGCCAGCCACGGGAGCGAAGACGUUUACGAAAGCUUCAAUAUUAUCAUGAGACGCAAACCCAAAGAAAAUAAUUUUAAAGCUGUCCUCGAGACUAUCAGGGAACUCAUGAACACCGAGUGCGUUGUGCCCAAUUGGUUACACAAUAUUAUAUUGGGCUACGGAGAUCCUGGGGCUGCCCGAUACUCCAGAAUGCCGGACGAGAUACCAACGAUGGAUUUCAACGACACUUUCCUCGAUAUCGAUCAUUUGCGCAACAGUUUUCCCGGCUACGACAUCAGGAUCGAGGCGGAUAAUAACGACGAUAAUAAGAUAGUGCGACCAUUCAGAUUGACCUUCGAGGAUGUGCUGAACAAGAGGGAUCUGAACGAGGAUGGAAAUGAGAAAAAAGUGAUAACGGUCGAGCCUCAUGUGCCACCGAGUCGCGGACCGUACAAAGCGAAUCAGCCGAAAAAAAAUCAAAUUCCAUUCACGCCGACUCAAGUUGAAGCAAUCAGAGCCGGAAUGCAACCGGGUUUGACACUCGUGGUUGGUCCACCAGGUACCGGAAAAACCGACGUUGCCGUUCAAAUAAUUUCCAACCUUUAUCACAAUUUUCCCAAUCAGAGGACCUUAAUCGUCACCCACUCGAAUCAGGCUCUGAAUCAGCUUUUUGAGAAAAUCAUGGCCUUGGAUAUCGACGAGAGACACUUGUUGCGUCUCGGUCACGGUGAAGAGGCACUUGAGACGGAAAAAGAUUUCAGCAGAUAUGGAAGGGUCAACUACGUCUUGGCCAAGAGGCUUGAUCUACUCAUGGAAGUUCAACGAUUACAGGAAUCGUUGAACGUAAAAGGCGACGUUGCUUACACGUGCGAAACCGCUGGUCAUUUUUUCAUGGACCAAGUAUCAUCCCGAUGGGAAAGGUUUGAAGCGAGAUUGGAGCAACGCGGUGGUGGCAAAAACUCGGCUCUCGCUUCUCUCGUCGACGAGGAAUUCCCGUUUCACAAAUUUUUCGACAAUGCGCCUCAACCACUUUUCAAGCGAAAAGAUUACGAGGAAGAUCUUGAGAUUGCUCGCAGUUGCUUCAGGUAUAUUGAGAGAACAUUCACUCAAUUGGAAGAAUUCCGAGCGUUCGAACUCCUGCGAUCGGGUCUGGACAGAUCGAAAUAUCUUUUGGUGAAGGAGGCAAAAGUCAUAGCGAUGACGUGUACGCACGCAGCUCUGAAAAGGCGGGAACUCGUUGACAUGGGUUUCAAGUAUGACAACAUUCUGAUGGAAGAGUCGGCGCAAAUUUUAGAAAUCGAAACGUUUAUCCCACUCCUGUUGCAAAAUCCUCAGGAUGGUUACAAUCGUUUGAAACGUUGGAUAAUGAUUGGCGAUCAUCAUCAACUACCGCCGGUUAUAAAAAACAUGGCGUUUCAAAAAUAUUCCAACAUGGAGCAAUCGUUGUUUGCGAGAUUCGUGCGAUUGGGUGUGCCCACCGUUGAUCUCGACGGACAAGGACGUGCUCGGCCAAGUAUCUGCAACUUGUACAAUUGGCGUUACAAAAAACUCGGCAAUUUGAUGCACGUCGAACGCAGUCCCGAGUAUUUAGUUGCCAACGCAGGUUUCCAAUACGAUUUUCAACUUGUCAACGUCGAAGACUUCAACGGCGUUGGAGAGAGCGAACCCAGUGCUUAUUUCUAUCAAAAUCUCGCUGAAGCUGAAUACUGCGUUGCAGUUUUUAUGUAUAUGCGGCUCCUCGGCUAUCCCGCCGAGAAAAUCAGCAUUUUAACCACUUACAAUGGCCAGAAGCAUUUGUUACGAGACGUUAUAAACAUCAGAUGUGCCAAUAAUCCGCUCAUUGGACGUCCCAGCAAAGUCACAACGGUCGAUAAAUAUCAAGGUCAACAAAACGACUACAUACUCUUGUCUUUGGUGAAAACUCGAGCCGUUGGUCAUCUUCGAGACGCCCGUCGUCUCGUCGUUGCGAUGUCUCGAGCUCGUCUCGGCCUAUACGUCUUUGCCCGGAUCUCGUUGUUCAAAAAUUGUUUCGAGCUCACACCAGCCUUCGAUCAGCUUAUGCGACGGCCUCUUAAGCUCCAAUUAUUACCUCACGAAACUUAUCCCACGAGCAGAUUAAACGACGAGGAACCCUCGGCUCCGUCGAUCGAAAUUCAGGAUAUGCCGCAUGCCGCUAAAUUCGUUUACGAUUUCUACAUAAAUAAAGUCAGCGGCAUGAAGGAAGUGCAAAAGAGUUUGGAGAAACCAGAAAUGGUUCAAGUCCCGAGUAGCCCAGAACAUCAUGUUCCGGUUCAUCCUGGCGCUGAUGACGACACGGACGACGAAGAUGCCGAACCAAAGGAAAAGGAAAUUAAAAAACCGAUCGAAGAAUCAGUUUCGGAAACACAAUUUGCACCCAUUCAAAAUUUGGUUGACGAACCAAUGGAAGAAGGUUGAACACACUUCUCAUGUUAAGAUAGUAAAAAAUAAUUGCGCGUUUUGUAUUUUAAAAGAAUACUUUAUACACAAUAAAAUAUGACAAUGA